AUGAAAAGAUCUAAUUUAAUUGUAUCAAAAUUAUCCAGUUCUAUUAGAAUCAUCCACAGUACUACUCCAAAAUACACAAAUACUAUAAAUACAAACACUGGUACUAGAACGUUGCAACAAAAUAUGCCUUAUAAAAAUAUGCUAAAAGAUCCAUACACCAAAUAUAAACCAUAUAUAGCUAUAAACUUGCCAAAUAGAACAUGGCCAGAUAAACGAAUAACAAAGGCUCCAAGAUGGUUGUCUACGGACUUAAGGGAUGGAAACCAAUCAUUACCUGAUCCAAUGAAUAUGGAACAAAAAAAAGAAUAUUUCCAUAAAUUGAUUGAAAUUGGAUUUAAAGAAAUUGAAGUGGCUUUCCCAUCUGCAUCUUUGACAGAUUUCGAAUUUACCAAAUAUGCUGUAGAGAAUGCACCUGACGAUGUCACAAUUCAAGCUCUAGUACAAUCAAGACCACAUUUAAUAGAAAGAACCAUAGACGCUUUGAAAGGUGCUAAACAGGCUACAGUACACACAUACCUAGCUACUAGUGAUAUGUUUAGAAAUAUUGUAUUUCAAAUGUCUCAGGAACAAGCUAUAGAGAAAGCUGUGGAAACCACUAAACUAGUACGAAGCAUGACUAAAGAUGAUCCCAACCAACAAAAUACUCUCUGGUCAUAUGAAUUUUCUCCUGAAUGUUUCAGUGAUACCCCAGUGGAUUUUUCUGUCAAAAUUUGUAAUGCUGUUUUAGAUGCAUGGGAACCAACUGAAGAUAAUCCAAUCAUUUUUAAUCUACCUGCCACAGUAGAAGUUUCCACUCCAAAUGUCUACGCUGACCAAAUAGAAUAUUUCGCAACCCAUAUCAAAGAUAGGAAUAAAGUUUGUAUAUCUACACAUACACAUAACGAUAGAGGUUGUUCUGUAGCUGCCACUGAACUGGCUUUAAUGGCGGGUGCAGAUCGUGUCGAAGGUUGUAUCUUUGAUAAUGGUGAAAGAACUGGGAAUGUGGACCUAGUGACUGUAGCAUUAAAUAUGUAUAUUCAAGGUGUUGCUCCCAAUUUAGAUCUUUCAAAUAUUAAUUCCUUAAUAGAAGUGGUUGAACGUUGUAAUAAAAUUCCAAUCCCACAAAGAGCCCCAUAUGGUGGUGAUUUAGUAUUCUGUGCAUUUUCUGGAUCUCAUCAGGAUGCGAUCAAGAAAGGUUUUGCGCUACAGAAGAAAAGAAGGCGUGAUGGUGACCAUUACUGGAGAAUUCCUUAUUUACCAUUGGAUCCAAAAGAUGUAGGUAGAGAUUAUGAAGCUAUUAUCAGAGUCAACUCACAAUCUGGAAAAGGUGGAGCAGCAUGGGUUAUUUUAAGAGCUUUAGGUUUGGAUCUACCAAGAUUGAUGCAAAUUGAGUUUUCAACUAUAGUACAAGAAAAGGCAGAUUCCACUGGAGAAGAAUUGCAAGCUACUGAAAUCACCAAGUUGUUUAAAGACACAUACAAUUACAAUAAUGAGGCUCAUAGAUAUAUUUCUUUACUAGACUAUGAUGUCAAAAAACUGAACAGCGAACGUAGAAUUCUUACUGGACAAGUAGAAAUCAAUGAUAAAGUAAUUUCUAUUGAAGGUGAAGGUAAUGGUCCUAUUUCAUCUUUGGUCAAUGCUUUGUCUAAUUUAUUUAAUGUUCAUUUGAGUGUAGAGAAUUACAGUGAACAUUCCUUAGGGUCUGGUUCCUCUACACAAGCCGCAUCCUAUAUUCAACUAAAAUACAGACGUAAUGAAGAUGAUGAACACGUCUUUUCUUGGGGUGUUGGUGUAUCAGAGGAUGUUAGCGAUUCUUCUGUUCAAGCCAUAUUUGCUACUAUUAAUAACAUUAUUCAUAAAGGUGAUAUCAAACUGCCAAGUUAA